AUGGCGCGCCCCGUGCAGCUGGCCCCGGGCUCACUGGCGCUGGUGCUGUGCCGACAGGAGCGGGAACGGGGCGCCGCCGGGACAGCGGAGGAUGGGGAGCCCGGAGGCCGUGCGCUCUUCCGUGCCUUCCGUCGUGCCAACGCGCGCUGCUUCUGGAACGCGCGCCUGGCCCGCGCAGCCUCCCGGCUGGCCUUCCAGGGCUGGCUGCGGCGCGGGGUGCUGCUGGUGCACGGGCCGCCCGGCAGCCUACAGGUGCUGCGGGACGCCUGGCUGCGCCGAGCGCUGCGCCCGCCGAGGGGCUUCCGCAUCCGCGCCGUGGGGGAUGUUUUUCCAGUACAGAUGAAUCCAAUUACUCAGUCCCAGUUUAUACCUUUGGCUGAGGUCCUUUGCUGUGCUAUAGCGGAUAUGAACGCAGCUCAUGUUGUGGUGACCCAGGAAUCCCUGAUGGAUCAGCUGGUGAAACACUACCCAGGCAUAGCCACUCCCUCACAAGAUAUUCUCUAUACCACCCUGGGCAAUUUAAUUAAAGAAAGGAAGAUCUACCAUACUGGAGAAGGAUACUUCAUUGUGACUCCCCAGACUUAUUUCAUCACAAACACAGCAACCCAAGAGAAGAAGAGAGUGCCACUGGAAGACGGUCACCCACUGUCAUCUCCGGUCACUUACCUGGUCAGUAUGGACAGCCAGGCAGAAUUAGCCAAAGAAAACAUCACUAGCCCCUCCCAUUGCAAAUCCUGCCGAUGCUUCCCAGAACCGUGUCUGGGAGAGGGACCAGCAGCACCACCUAUAGGUGAAGGGAGUAAGAAGUGGCAGAAGAACUUGGGGGAAGUCAAACCAUUAGUGCAGAGCCAGGCCAUCAUGACAUCAGAGGAGAACCGCCUUUGUGAUGGGACCAAACCCUUACCAGCCACCAAGGACAAAGAAAAGAGCAAGAAGUUUGGUCUCCGUCUCCUCUGGCGCCAGAUGUCUAGAAAAGAAAGGCCCAAGAAGGACCACAGGACUUUUUCUGCCCAGUUCCCACCUGAAGAGUGGCCUGUCCGAGAUGAGGAGAACUUAGACAAUAUUCCUCGGGACGUUGAACAUGAGAUUAUUAAGCGCAUCAAUCCUGAGCUGACUGUCGACAACUUAAUCAGACACACGGUCCUAAUGCAGAAAUAUGAAGAGCGGAAAAAAUACACGAGCCAGGGCACAUCCACUGACCUGCUGGCAGCCGGCCACAAGCAGCUGCCUCAGCAGCAGCUGGUGAAAGCCGGGCCGAGGAGACGGCAGAGUAGGUUGGGAAGGCAUCGGAAGAAAGGGCAUUCAAGCAGAGAGAGGUCCAGAGGCCGCAGCCAGAGAGGCUCCCAGGGCAGUGAGCCAAGGUCAGUCAUCACCAGACCAGAGAAACCCUCCAAGCAGCUCCCCGCUGAGGCUGUGCCCUGUGCCAAAACCCCAGAGGAAAGACUGGCUCAGAAACCUCUGGAGGAGGCUCAAUCAGGUGUUGACAACCCCCAUUUCAUUUACAAAAAAAGAAUCAGCAACCCUUUUCCAGGCUUUCCUCACAGGGGGAACCCAACAGUCAGAGGCUAUAAGGGCCAGAAGAGUGGCAACCUGAAACCCAAGCAGACUGAGAAGCCCAAGAAGUCCUUCCAAAGGUCAAGGUCUUUGGAUUCCUCAAGAAAUGUUGACAGUGAAACUCAACCGCCGUGCACUGAACAGCCCAAAGACAAGGUGAAGCCCGGAAUACUGUUUAAUCCUAACACUGCUGCUGUCCAACCUGUCAGUGAUGACUUCCAAGACCGCCCCUUGAAUUACUCGCAGGGUGGGUUUCUCAGAACAAGUGGUAAGGGCCAUCCCUUCAGAGAAAGUCAGUCUGGGCAGAAUGCCUAUGCUGGCCAAGACAAGACAGUCCCUGAUGUCCAGUGGAAAAUUCACUCCUGUGCUGAUCCACUGGGGGAGAGCCAAACUGAAACACAGCAUCUUUCUGUGUCCCGGGCUUCCUGUUUAAUAGACCAUGCAGCCCCUGGACGUGGGCUGAUCGAUCAGACCUUUGUGCAUCAGUUCCAGAAUCUUGGCCUUCUGGAUCAUCGUCUGAGCAGCGCUCACCAGGUCAGACAGCCUGAGAGGCAAAGCAGAGACACUCCAAAGGAGCUGACUGUGAAAUGUUGGGAGACCUUUACUCAUGAGAAUGAAGGGCUUACUGAUGACGAUGACCAUCAGGCUUUGUACCAGAAGGACGUGGAUGGUGAUGAGGAUGCCUGCAGCUCUUUGUGUUUGGAGGAGGAGGACGACGAGGAAUACUUUGCUGAGAAACACGUCCUAUGUCCGACUCGGCCAGGCCACAUCCCAUAUUCCUUUCCAGAUGGAAGCCUGUGGGACAAUUUAGGAAAAACUCAAGUGACCGAGGGACCCCUAGGCCACUGGAAGAUAAACAGCGACCUGACUGAUUAUAGCAGCAAAAUACAGCGGUUUGAGCCUCAGAUUUCUGAAAGAAGUGACUAUCACAGACCCGCUGGUUCUCUCACUGACUCGGACGGGCGCCAGAAGAUGAAUUUCUCAGGAGAAAACCGUGGCCUCCGUCCAUGUGGCUAUCGCUGUGAUGAGGAUGCUGGUGAGGCCCCAAGGGCCCAAGCUUCUUCAGAGCUUGUCGACGGCAGUAUAUUUGACUAUUACAAUACCAGUGAGGCCGACUCUGAGGCAGAAACUUUGCAGAACUCCGCCGGGGAGAUGGGGGAGAAAGCGGCUUGCUGGGGUCUGGGGCCGCAGGGCGAGGAAGCGAGGAAACAUUUCAGACAGAAGCCAGAGCUCUUCAGCGACUCACGGAUGCCGGGUUUGGCCCAGAGUAUCCAGCAGGAGCAGAAUCACUUGGAAGGAACUGAAAACCACAGUCUGACAGGAGACAGUGGAAUCGAUUCUCCACGGACACAGAGCCUGGCAUCUAAUAAUUCUGUCCUCCUGGAGGGGCUAAAGAGAAGGCGAAGUUUCCUACAGAGCUUUGAAGGCAUAAACAGCACGAGGAAUGGACAGAUGCUCACGUCAAAUUCCUUACUUCAGCUGACACCUGUAAUAAAUGUUUGAGGCUUCUUUUUCUCUGGGAACUUGAGGCUAAUUUUUUUUUUUUGUAAAAAAUGUACAGCCUUAACUGUAAAUGUUUUAACCCGCUGCCUAUAUCAGAUUCACCCGUGUAUUACGUAUGUGCUUUAUAAUUCUUGAAUAUUUGUGCUCUAGUCACGGACUUUGUUCUAUUUCUGAUCUUUUAAAAAAAAAACCUCCAACUUUUAAAAAUAGUUUAUUUGGGUAUAGAGU